ACUUGUGGAUUCUUUGUUUCUGCUUGUAAACCCCGCAAAAAUGUUCGGUAUAGGUCGGAUUUGGGGUUCAACACAGUCAAACUUUUGAAAGAGGACGUCCAUCAGAGAGUUCCAUACUUUUUUUUGACAAAGCUUGCACAGAAUCAUACGCAUAAAUUCUCAACUUACACGACAAAGGGCAGCUGAAUAGAGGUAAUAUGGAUUUUGAGCUGCCGCUAGAAAAGUUAUCUUUGGGAUCUACAGAGAGGUCUACCGAGGGGAAAAAGUAUGUAGUAUUAGUAUCAACUGGAAGCUUCAAUCCUCCUACAUAUAUGCACUUACGUUGUUUUGAAUUGGCAAGGGAUGCAUUAAACUCUGGAGGGUUUUGCGUUAUUGGAGGUUAUAUGUCACCUGUGAAUGAUGCAUACAAAAAGAAGGGCCUUAUAUCUGCUGAACAUCGUGUUCGAAUGUGCCACCUAGCUUGCAGGAGUUCUAAAUUCGUAAUGGUUGAUCCCUGGGAGGCAAAUCAAAGCUCCUUCCAACGCACAUUGACUGUUUUAUCUAGGAUCAAGAGUUCUUUGUGUGCUAGGGGACUGGUACCCAGUGAAUCCCUAAAAGUGAUGCUUGUCUGUGGUUCUGAUCUUCUAACUUCAUUCGGUGUUCCAGGAGCUUGGAUUCGUGAGCAGGUGAGGACUAUAUGUUCAGACUAUGGUGUGGUUUGUAUCCGCAGAGAUGGCCAAGAUGUUGAGAAAAUCAUCUCUAAUGAUGACAUUUUGAUCGAAUACAAGAGUAACAUCAAAGUUGUGGAUGAACUAGUACCAAAUGGACUCAGUUCGACACGGUUGAGGUAAAUAGUUUCCUGUUGUUUACACUUGGGAGAGGAAAAAGGAUAAAGUUAAGAGGUAAUUUAAUUGAUGAAUCUAACAGGGUUCAUUUCUUAUAUUUUAUGUUUAUCAGGGAUUGCAUAACCAAAGGUUUGUCAGUGAAAUAUUUGACAGUAGAUGAAGUAAUUGAUUACAUUAAACAACGCGAUCUGUACUUGAAUUCCAUGGAACAAUGAUGAUCUCCCGAGUUAUUGUCUUGGUAUUCCAUUUUGAGAUUCCACUUGUAUAUUUUUGAAACUCUACCAAUUUGUUAACCAAUGGCAUGUUUAUAGUAAGAAGAGGAGUUGUAUGAUGAUUAUCAAGUUCUCUUCUGCUCCUUAGGAUUCUAACUUGUCCACAAUGUCUUGUUUUUCCAAAAGAAAAAAAAUGAGCCAGAUUUGCAGUACUAAUAUAGUUUGUUAAAGCCCCGACUUUGCAAGAUCUGUAUCAUGACAUGUCCAUCUUGAUACCCUGAUUUUUGUUGGUUUUCCUCCAUUUUCUUUGUUGCCACCCUUCACUUUUUGAUCUCUUUUAUGUAUAUCCUUUUUUCUUUGACUUCACUACUUUUAUCUGGU